CCCGAGUUCUCUAUUCUAAAAGAAACCGUUGGGAAGAAUGACUUUCCUCAACCUUUUCUUAGAGAAGGGCCUGACGGUUACGGAACGUUUAACAUAGGUGGAAGAGUUAGAUCUACCACUCAACCCCGCAUUUCUGUUUGCAUUGGAAAAAGCCCCGUCAACAAUGUAGCACUUCGAUCAAUAGCUUACCCACCGACCAAAUACAACUGCCGGGCUGAAAGGAGACCAAGCGCGUUACAAGUCUUUGACUGUUGAUGAAGAGGAAUGUCUUCAACUUGAGUUGAUAAGUACAGUGACCCAAUUCUACUGGACCUCACUUGUACAAAGAACCUCCCACCACUGAAGAUGGAAGACUUGACGGUGUCGUCUCCUUCUCACAUCUUGCACGGUGACGACGAGGCGCCAGCUCUGCUGAGCCCAAUAGACAACGCCACCUCUCCGGAACCCGUCCCCAUCGGUUCUCUCUGCGACGUCUACACCCUCUGCGAAGUCCCAGAGAAAUCAGGCUGGGGCACCAAAUGGACCACAAAGAAGCCCGAAGACCUUCUCGCGGCCACACUCGAGCCCACGGAGUCCGAUCCGUAUGCACUGAUUGUGCGCCGGGCUGAAAGGGGCGGGAGCCUGAAAGUGGAGGAAAUCACAGUGCAGAGCAAGGGCCAUAAAAUCGUUCUUGGCUGGUGUUAUGAAGGGAUACCCCGGACUCAUGCUGACUUUGAAGCACGUCGAAUUCGAGCCCCCCCCCCGCCCCUCUUCGCACCCUUCGUUCAUCGGUGGGAUGAGUUCUGUAAGGCUAGGGAGAAUGCUCGGUUGGAUCCUGCGGUGAAAGCGUAUGUGGACUUGCUGCAUGGAGUUUUGGAGGAGGAGCUUCAUGAUUUGUUUUCGUGUCGGGAGGACUUGGUUCGGAAUGGGGUUAUAACUGCUGAUCUUGUGUGGACGUUGUUUAAGCCGGGAGAGAUUCUUUUCGCCGGGAUUGGGGCGACGGAGAUCAGGGCGAGGAUUGUCGACUUUAACGGCAAGGACUUCCAUUAUCAGUCGAUCUGUUGCUCCGUUGCUCCUUACCCGGGCACGAAGAAUAUCACAGAUUUGGACGUGUUUCCAUUGGCUUACCACCCCGAGGCGGAAAUCCUGGCGCAGCUUACUGAUUACUCGGCGCAGGGCCUGGGAGAAGCUCAAGGGAUACCACUAUCGAGAGUACCUGGAUCCUAG